AUGUCGUCGACGGACGCCCGGAGAGACUGUUGCUACGAACACUGCGACGACCGGCUGUGCGUGCGGAACGCGUCGAUGUGCGUCGCGGGCGGCGACGCGGACGUCGGACCGUCGGACCGCGGUGGCGGCGGCGCGGUGUACGGCGACCAGAGGCCGGUGUGCCUGGAGGACGUGCCGUUGUCCGACGACGAUUUUGAAUGUUUCGACUUCGACGACGCGGACAGCGGCGGCACGAGGACGACGGCCCGGACCGCCGUCGGGCUGUUGGCGGUCGCGGCGGUGUCUUGGUGUCUCGCGCGGACGGCGCUGUCGGCGGCCGCGGUCACGUAG